UUUUAGGUGAACCUGUUAAGAUUUUAGGUGCUGUAAACCUACCUAACAAUAUUACUGAAGGUUACAUGUUCUACUUUGGAUUUGCUUCUUCAAAUGGACAACGUAGUUUUAACAGCAUAAAUAUUUGUAGUGAUG